AUGCCGCAGCACAGCUCCAUUUUCAGCCACAGCAGCAUCUUGCCCAUCAUGUUCCAAACGACGUUGCGUUCCUUCUCCCGUGCGUCCUCCCGCUUCGCCUCCACCCUUGUUGUAGCCGAACACAACGGUGAAACCCUCACUGGUGGCACCUUGAGCGCGAUCACGGCUGCAUCCAAGAUCGGUGGCGACAUUACCGUGUUGGUCUCUGGCUCCAACACGGCCAGCAUCGCCAAGGAAGCUGCCGCUGUGCAAGGUGUGAAGGCGGUGCUCCAUGCUGAUGCUGCUCAAUUCGAUCAUGCCAUCGCGGAGGAAUUGUCAUCUUUGGUUGUUACCAUCCAAAAGGGUUCAAACUUUUCCCACAUCGUUGCGCCUUCGAGCAACAUCUCCAAGAACUUCCUUCCCCGUGUUGGCGCUGCUUUGGACGUCGCCCCCUUCACUGACGUGUUAUCGGUUGUCGAUGAAAACACCUUUCAGCGCCCUCUCUACGCUGGGAACGCCAUUGCCACCGUCACCUCGUCCGAUUCAGUCAAGUUGCUCACGGUGCGUCCCACGGGUUUUGAAAAGGCCGCCACCACCGGCGGGACCGGUGCCGUAAGUGCCGCCCCAGCUGCACCUGCCGCGAACUUGACUCGUUUCGUCUCUGAAGAAACGUCAUCGUCGGAACGACCAGACUUGACGGCUGCUCGCGUGGUCGUGUCUGGCGGCCGCGGCUUGAAGAGUGGUGAAAACUUCGCCCUGUUGAAUACAUUGGCGGACAAGUUGAAGGGUGCGGUCGGUGCGUCGCGUGCCGCCGUGGAUGCUGGCUUUGUGCCGAACGAGUUGCAGAUUGGACAAACCGGCAAGGUCGUUGCCCCUGAGCUGUACAUCGCUGUGGGUAUUUCCGGCGCCAUCCAGCACUUGGCUGGCAUGAAGGACAGUAAGACAAUCGUCGCCAUCAACAAGGACGCGGAGGCGCCCAUCUUCCAGGUCGCCGAUUACGGCCUCGUGGAAGAUUUGUUCAAGGCCGUGCCCGAGUUGACCGAGAAGAUUUAAAGUGUACGGAUAAUCCGGAUAAGCCCAGGAACCGUGUCGUUUCAUCGUUUCCGGCGAUCGCAGUCUAUUGAAAGAGU